UAUAAGAAGUUAAUUGCGAACGGAUAGCGACGAACAACCAAUCAGCAUACGGCAUGCCGCGUUUCUGUCACAGCUCACGGCAUUGAAUUCAGCACAGAAACUAUACAUAUCCCUGGGAGGCCGGAUAAAACAGCAAUACGUGCGUCAAAUUGGUUAUUAUUAUGGCAGAAUAACGCCAACAGAACGAAUAGAAGAUAUGGCGGAUUUAAAGCAUGGUUUGGGGCAUACUAGGAAGCAAAAGGGUAGAAUUGGCGUAGGCCUCGGUCAACCCGUUUUAAGCUGGGACAACGAUGUAGAACUCCAACCUACUAGUUCCUUUGGUACAGCUACAUCAGCCCAAAGCACAAAUCACAAUUCACGGGGAUCGAACUAUCAACCGGUUGCUCAAACGUGGGCUGUUGGUGGAACGAAACACGCGUUUACCUCAAGCGCUCGACGCAAGGAGAAAGAAGCUUUCACCAACCAUGUUUUUCACCCUAAAAAUGCUCCCGUGAAAGUGUCUGUCACUGGAGAAUGGGCUUUGCAAGGAUGCGAGGAUUACACAAUAUGGACAAAUCUGCUCAUGAAACGCGGAAGGCACCGUCAAAUUACAGAUAUCCGAAAGUCAAUUGGCGAUGGUCAAACAUUGGUCUAUAUGCUAGAAGUCCUAGCUCAAGAAAAAAUACCUGGAGUUUAUGCCAAGCCAGUGACCAGAGCUCAGAAGCUGGAAAAUCUUCAACUCUGUAUGAGCUUUAUGGGCAACAGAGAAAUAAAUCUGCAAGGGAUCUAUGUAGGAGAUCUCAUCGAUGGAAAUCUGAAAUCUAUCCUGGCCCUUUGUGGUAAUCUCAGAAGAAGAUUUGAGGGAAGUUCUGAGAAUACUCCUGAUGGCACCAGACCUCCAUCGUCACAGUCAACCAAGACAAAUGAGACAGCACCCUCGUACAAAAUGAACGGCCAUACAUCUCAUGGAACAGGAAGGAAAGAUUAUGAUGGUGAUGUGAAGCCUCAUGGUCAUAGUUCAGGCUACCAUUCUGAGGAAUACUCCCCAACUCGUAAAUCUGUAUCGUCCAUCCAACAAACCCCUGUGAUGCCUGGCAUGCUUGGUGAUCCUGAAGCAGAAAUCUUGCCCCUCCGGAGUGUUAACCCUGCAGAUGUGAUUGUGUCCACUACAGAACUUGACAACAAAGUGGUAUUGCAGACUGGAAAAAUUGAGCAACGACGUCAUCAAUUACAACCUAACAACCACCAUUUGGACAAUUCAGAUGUUAUAUCACCUUCAGUAGAGGAGAGGCUGCGUUCAUUGCUCAGUACGCCUAACCCUGGAGGGAACCCAGAAGAUGAAACUGAAGAUGAGCUAAUUAUUCCGCCGCCUCGACAUCGUACCGAGACACACAACGAUGAAAAGUUUAACGUGGAAGAGAGGCUCAGGUCCCUGCUAGAUGUGGCAGCAGAUGAUUUCUCAGAUGACGAUGAUGAUGAUGAUGGUGACGACUUUGAGCCUAAGAGGGAGGAGACGUUUAAGCAACUUGAUAGAAUUGGUUAUGUGCCAAGUCACCCAUCUGAAAGAAUGCGCAAUAUAGAACAAAAUAAAGGACGCAACGAUAGCUUCAGUGGUGGCCGGAGAAAUCGACCUGGUGCAAAACUUCCCACCCCUCCUGCCCUCAGACGAGCCCAGCAAAUGAAGAACCAGAGGAAUGGGCCUGAGUCACUAAACACUGGGGGAAGCCUAGAUCGGUCACGCAAGAAGCCCCUUCCAGGACAACCACGGCCAGCAUCCUCUGCUGCCGACCUUUAUUCAUCCAAACAACAGCGGCUUCAGCCAAGUUACCAUCGCCCUACCAGCUUCCAAGCCAACGGGCAGCGAGAGGAUUCCCCUUCUAAGCCUAGGUCCCCCUCCCACUCAGAAUUCCUCCAGCAAGUGGCCAACAAGCUGGCAACAGAAGUGGACAACCGUGAAACCACCACAACUGCUUCCUCACCCUCUGUCUCCCCACCGGACACACCCAUGCUACCUGCACUGUCACCCAGCUCCUCUAUAGCCACCUUCAUGAUUGGCAGCUCAAGCAACUCUUCAGGGAUUAGCACCCCGACGAAGGGGUUCUCGUCCAGGCUGAAGGGCAGGUCUCACUCGCCACUAAGUGGAGGGUCCACGCCAAGGAAAGGUCGUCGAGGGCGAGGUCAAAAAGGAAGAAACAGCGACAUGGAAAACAUACGAAAUCAGAUCCAAUCACUGGAGUCCAUGUAUUCCGAUGUUCUAUGUCUACUGGAUACUGGCACAAAGGAUUCUGGGAAGAAGCUGAAAGACCAAGACAUGGCAGUAGCCGCCGCUGCGCUACAGAAGACAGAAGAAAUGAAAGCUGGAAUAAAUUCAUUCAAAAAGCAGCGAGCAAAAGAUAUCAAGGCUGUAAACAAGAGAUUCACUCGAUUAGAAUCACACGUGGUAACCCUUGCGAGGAGCGUGGCCCAUCUCUCAUCGGAGCUGCGAUCCCAGGCGGCCAUCAGCGAAGACCUGGACGAGAUGAGGAAGGAGCUGCAACAGUUAAGGGCGUGGCAAGAGGAAGAGGUACACACUCGACCGGGAGGGGUACAGCAGUCCCUACAAUAUGCGUCGAACCUCAAACGAGUCAUCAAGCUUCGGAGGUUUUUCGGCGAAGAGCCUCCGUUGUUAGUCAUGUUUCUGAAGAAACUUGGAUACGAGAGGUUCGCGCCCAAUUUCGCCGCCGAACAGAUCGGUGUCCUUGAGCUGCCUUAUCUCUCAGAGGAGCGGUUACAAGGCCUGGGGAUUCCCCUCGGACCACGCCUUCGAAUCGUCGAGGAAGCUACAAAAAUGCUCACGUGAUACAGGCGUAACACUACGCAGUUGUACACUGGCAUGAUCCUACCCAGAUGCGCACGUGAUACCGGCGUGACCCUUUUCUGAUGCAUUUUCUGAUUUAACACAAGCGUGACCCAGCAACCCAAAAUAGAACACUAUCAUACGAAUGCAUUAGUUAAUCUUUGAUGUGUUUGUGGAUGUCUAACGUUUAUGCAGACGCUUCCAAUGAAUCAUUGUUUCUGUUUUAUAAAUAAACGUUUUUGUUGAAAAGGAAACACUAAACUGUACAUAAAGAUAAAUAUAUUACACUUAUAGCAUUUAAUGUCAUAUAUUCAUAGUUAACGAAAUAAAAUGUUUAUUUUUUAUUGUUUCCA